UUAGAAUGGACCGAACUAGUAUUUCCACAUUAAUUGAACGCUAUGAUCCUAAUGUCUCACUCAAACAGGGUGGUUGGCCUCGUGUUACUAGUACCAAGGCAGUGUUAUUGACUGUGUGGUACUUGGCUAACAUUGAAACUUUCCGACAAAUUGGGGACAGGUUUGAUGUCACAUUAAGUUGUGCACAUGGUACUGUAAUAGUAUAUUAAGUAUGGAGAACGGUAAGGGAUUUUUACCGUUCGAAGACAAUUGUUUGGAGGAGGAGCGCAGCGACGACUCCAAUUAUUGUCUGAGAACGGUAACCCUUAACGUUCGACGUGCUUAUAACAUUUUUUGCGCGAUCGGAAUAAAAAUUAUGCAAUCAUUAGAAAUACUACUUACUGAGAAAAGAACGAGCGGAAUAAAUCGAAAUGAUCGAAGUGGUAUUGUAUAGGUACUUACAUCACUAGGUAACGAGUUUGUUAUUUGUCAAAACUGAAAAUAAUAAAUUCAUCAAAUUGUGUCUGUAGUUUUCUAGCUUUUAUACUUCAGUUAUGAGCGAUUCCGACAGCGAUCUAAUAGACGAAAUAGAAGAAGCAUGGGACAUUGGAUGUUCGGCGGUAAUACCACAAAAGUCAAGGAUCCGGUACGAGAAUACGUACAACAUUUUUAAACAGUGGUGCAGUGAGAGAAAUGUAGGUGUUACCGAGAAGGUUCUGUUGGCUUAUUUCGUUAAACGAAGUGAUAAGCUGAAGAGUCCAGGAAGUUUAUGGGCAGAAUAUUCCAUGCUAAAGAGCACAAUAUUUUUAUAUGAAUCUAUUAAUAUUUCGACAUUUUCCACGUUAAUUGCUUAUCUUAAAAGAAAAAAUGUUGGUCAUAGACCAAAAAAAGCUCAAGUCUUCACGAAAAAUGAUAUGGUGAAAUUUUUAAAUGAGGCGCCCGAUGAAAUAUUCCUUAUCCACAAAGUAGCUAUGAUUCUUGGCGUGGCAGGGGCUUGCAGGAGAGAGGAGCUGUACAACAUGAAAGUUGCAGAUAUUGAAGACCAUGGAGCCCUUCUUGUAGUAAAAAUUCCCAACUCGAAAACAAAUAUCCAACGGACAUUUACUGUAACAAGUCAAGUGGACGACAAAGUUUCCUAUUUGGAAAUUUAUCGAAAAUACAUUAAACUUCGACCCACCAACGUAGUUUCCGCACACCUGUUCUUAAAUUAUCGUAACGGAAAAUGCAGUCAACAAGUAGUUGGAAAAGGGACGAUUGGGAAAUGGCCAUCAAAAAUUGCAACAUAUUUGAAAUUAGAAGGAUCGAACGAUUAUACAGGUCAUGCAUUUCGGCGCACUUCAGCCACUUUUUUGGUUAAUAAAGGUGUAGAUGUAUUAGGUUUAAAAAGGCAUGGUGGAUGGAGGUCUUCGACGGUGGCCGAAGGCUAUGUCGAAGAUUCUCUACAAAACAAAAUUGAAUUUGCCAAUAAAAUUUUAUGUACUGGUAGUAACAGUGAAUUGGAAUGUGUCAAUCAAAACCAUAGCACGUCUUCAAACACCAUCUCUAUUGCUUCCGGUUCUAAUGAAGAACGUAUUGUUUAUAUUGGAAACAACAGCACAAACUGUACUUUUAAUAUAACAAUAAAUAAAUAAAAAUUAAAUGUAAUGUAAGACUUUGACUGUUGAUUUU